AUGGUCAAGGUAGCUGUGUUCGUGGUGGCCGCUUUCUACGCGAUUGGUGUCUGCUGGCCAGCACAGGCCGCUAGCCCAUCGUCCUCGUCAACACGGAAUGCUGUGUCCACGACAAAGCCCGGCUCGACGUUGAUCGCUGUGCCAACAGCUUUCCCCACAGGCGAGUUCCCCAAGAUGGACUUUAUGCCCAAGAGCCAGGAAGCCGAGCCACGCCCACACAUCACGCGUGUGGAUGGCGGCGACUUUGACGACGAUCUCGUCAACCCUACGAAGCUGCCGACAGGCGCUCACUUCCAAGUGAGGGUGUGCUGGCGAAGCCAUCGGCGUCUCUCAAGUCGCUUGCAUCGUCAAACGUUCAGCACGAUGCCAUCAGAAUUGACUCGAUCAUCAAGGACAACUCAACGAUGCGAGCGCUGCCGCAAGGCUUUGCGCGUUGGUCAGACACUUGCACGCGCGAAUCCAUCCGUGGUUCCCGACAUUAUGGUAGAGCUGUGCAAGACGUUCAAGUACACGACGAAGCCGACCGUCGACAUUGGCUGCGAGCGCAAGUUUGCCACUCAACACGUCGGUGGCGUCCUGACGCAGGUCCUGAGCUAUGCAGACUUCUCCGAGGACUCGUCGUCGGCUGACUAUAUGUGUGCGGCGUACAUUCAAGGCAAGUCCUGUCCGUUCCCUGAGAUGAAGACGCUGUCGAGCGACUUUCUGAACAAGUGGUUCAACGGCACGACCAAGGCGCCUUCGUCCGUCGUCCAGCGCUCAAAGAAGGUCGGCGACAAGCGUGAGAAGCCGUUGCGUGUGUUCCACGGCUCUGACUACCACGUGGAUCCGCGCUACCUCGUCGGCUCCGAGGGCAACUGCGACAAUGGCCAGUGCUGUCGCGCCGAUAGCUACAACUCGACGCUGUGGAACAAGCCGGAAUUCGAUGCCGGUUCCAUUCCGACGAGGAACAUCUCGCAUCCCGCCGACUACUGGGGCUACUUCAAGUGCGACUCGCCUUGGUCUUUGAUUGCCUCGGCUAUGCAGGGCCUUAGUGCACUCCAGCGCGGCAGCCCACUCGACUUGGCUCUGUACACAGGCGACCUGACCACGCACGACGAGGACUGGCACAUCUCUAGAGAUCUCGUGAAGUAUUCGGAGCAAUCGCUCUUCGACAUGUUCCAUCACCACAUGCCGAACACGACUAUGGUGGUUGCUCUCGGCAACCACGACUCGGCUCCAUCCGAUAACGCUGUGCCAAACAGCCUGCCUGAUGGUCGUGCAGACCAACUUAGCUGGGAUUGGGACAAUGUGGCGAAGCUCAUCAAGUCGGAGGGCUGGGGCAAUGACUCUACUGCACAGACGAUCCGCUCUCACUACGGUGGCUACUCGAUCUCGCCCCGCAAAGGCCUGCGCGUCAUUUCGAUCAACACCGACAUGUGGUACCACAACAACCCCUUCGUGUACCUGAACAUGAACCAUCCAGACCCCAGCCACAUUCUCCGCUGGCUCACCGACGAACUGCAAGCUGCUGAAGAUGCGAAUGAACGUGCAUGGGUCGUUGGCCACGUCCUCACCGGCUGGGAUGGCGGCGAUGCGAUCGACAACCCAACGAACCUGCUUUACCACAUCAUGUCGCGUUACAGCCACACCAUCGCGCAUGCAUUCUUUGGCCACAAGCACGAGGACGAGUUCCAGAUCUGGUACGAAAUGUCGAACGGAAACUCGAGCUCCGUGAGUCGCAAGACGCAAGAUGCGCGCGCCAUGGCCUUCAUCGCACCUUCUGUGACGCCGCUUUCCAAUGUGAACCCAUCGCUCCGUGUGUAUGAGGUUGAUCCCGAGACGUACGAGGUCAUGGACUAUGAACAGUACUACACGCAAUUGUAUGGCGUUGACAAGCUCAAUGGUACUGGCCCGUCGUGGAACUUGCUGUACACGGCGCGGGAUGCAUAUGCCAACUUCUCUGCAAGCCAGGCCAAGGGCACGUACGCGGCGCCUGUCCAGCUUGACGACGGUGUGUGGCCAAAGGGUGCGCCGCUGAAUGCAUCAUUCUGGGCAGCCCUCACCGAUGAAAUGGAGGCACGUCCUGAACUGAUUGAGAUGCACCAGCUGUACCAGGGCCGCAACAGUCCACGUUCCCCCGCCUGUGACACGGAAGAGUGUCAGAAGGCCAAGCUGUGCUACAUGCGCAGCGCCUCGUCCAACCUGGGCCGUCACUGCCCACCUGGCUUUGGCUCCGUCCAGAGUUUCUAA